AUGCUGGAAAGCCUGCCGCUGACGGAGCUGCCCAAGGAGAAAAUUCGCGCUGCAGUCAUUCGCGUGGAUGAGCGCAUCUCACAGGAGGUCUGGCGAAGCAUACUUCAGUUCAUCUAUCAAGGCACCAUCCUUCAAGAGCAGUGCACCUACCUUCAAGAUGUUGCAAAGUGUUUCGAGCUUCUCUUUGCCGUGCUGCUAUUCCGCCUCCCAGAGCCCCUGCUCCGUUUGGCGCAGCACUCUCUCUUCCUUCUGCUGCCCGUCAGUAACCCAACCUGGGCGCUCCAGGUCUUUCAGCUGUGCUCAGAGAAGCAGCAUUUCGAGAACCAGGAGCUCAACCCGAUCCGAGAUGCUGCAGCUUGGGUCCUGCUGCAUUCCGCGCCGAAUCUGUUUCAGAGCAUGGACGCCAAAAACGUAUGCGAGACCUUGGAGAAAGUCGUCCAGUCCAUUGAGCGAUCUGUUUUCGAUCGCCCACGCUCCAUGCCUCAGCCCACGCAGCCAGCUGCUGUGGCGAAGCAGGACCUGCUCGCAAACUCCUUGCAGGCAGUUCCGCAGGACAUGCUGGCCGCAAGCAUGCGAGGAGUUCCGCAGGAGCCAACCUACGCACCUCGAAGAGCGUUCCAUAGACCUCCUCUCUCAGACGCUGUGCGCCCGCCAAGCAUGUGUGCUUUGAUGAGGUCCAGGCCUAGCGUGAUCGGCUCUGCCAGCGACGUGCGGAUCAAGAAGAAUGCGCAAGAAGAUGGAAGCUACUUCGUUAUCUACGUCCUUUGGAUUGUGCAGAUCUGGCACCCUGCUUUGCGACGACGCUUCCCGAAAGACCUGCGCCCUGUGUGGGGGCAGCUUGGCUUCCAAACCGGCCGGGCCAGCAGUGUCCUCAGGGUCGGGGCGAUCCGGGUUCAGGCCGGGCGCUUGAUUGUUAAGAUGAUGACAGACAAAGGGUCCUUAAACUCUCCAGCUCCAGCUUGCAUUGACCUCGACGACGAUUCGCAGGGCGUUGAAGUUCAAGAGGACAAAGCAGGCAUGACCUUCCGGCUAUUUAUUGGUGACAGCGAGGAUCCUGCGCAAGAAAGCUGCGAGGCUUGUGGUGGACCGCUGCCCGGUGAGCCGCAGAGGAGUGGCCUGGUGGUCUCCGAAACCGGCCAUUCAGGAGGGUUGGUUGGCACCGCUUCCGGGCAGGGAAGCACACACUUUCUGAUGCAGCUGAUGCCUGGCCGGGGGAAGCGGGCAAAGAGCAGCCCGCAGCAGCUCACUCCAGCCCAACAGGCCAUCCUCUUGAGAUCACUUCUGGCUACCUGCAAUGGCAGUCCGGAUCCUCCCUUGCCACCGCCGCCAGAGCCGCCUCCAGGAGAACCAGCCGCAGCAACCGCCUCGCAUGCAGAGGCAUCCACCUGGUCUGCCAGUGUGGCAGCCACAGCCAUGGCCAUGGGAUGCGGUGACUUCAAGCCGGAUAGCAUGGCUGGCUGCAACUUGGUGGAAGCCGCCUGCUAUCUCUUUGCCCCGGCGAAGGAUGCACAAGCUGGCGGUCACAGGCUGCGGCCAGACUGGGUGGAAGGAGGUCAUGCCACAGUGCCCUGCAUGCUGGUGAUGACUGUCGAAGCUUCAGCAGCACCAGCGAAGAACCUCUUCACUGGCUUCACUGCUGGAGGCAACAGGCGCCUCGAAGGACAGAUGCGGCUACUCUCUAAUGCCCUGAUCAGAUUCCAGUUGAACAAGGGUCUGUAUAACGAACUUCACGAAAUUGGCGAAGCGAGUGUCUCAGUUGCCUUAGCACUGCGGGAACGCGGUGGCAAGCAGCGGCUCCUCCGUGCACCGCCGCCUUUGACGGUCCGCUGCCGGGCAAAUGGCGUGGAGAAGGCCAAAACCACUCGACUGGUCGGCCUGCUACGGGCUGGGGUGUCACUGGAGUCCUCGGUGCUCCCAGCGCUGGGCGCUGCGGCAGCCAUGGCAGCGGGUGCCUUGACCCGCAAUAUGAUAACUAGAGACCCGAGGCCGAUUGCUGACCCCCGACAGCUUAGCAACAAGGGACUGAUGUCCACCCGCGAACACUGCGAACACAAAGCCUUGCUCCGCCAUGAGCGCUCGCCUCACAGAGCUGCUGAAUGGAGCUGCCGCCGCCACGGCACUGGGCGUGGCCAGCCGCAGCGGUCGGUGGCCUCAGAUGGGAAGGGAGCGGCGCCCCAGACGCUUGGCGCCAUUGCAGAAUCUGCCGGACUGAACCAGAGAUAUGUGGAGGAGAUUCUCGCCAUCCUCGCGUGCAGCAAGAUCGUGAAUCUGUCUGAGGAGUCGCCGCCUAGAUACCACAUAUCGGAAGAGACCAAGUCUGCCCUGGAUGGCAUGGGCCUGUACUUCGAGGAGCUGCCGCUCCUGACAAGAUGUGCCUUCGAUGAGGUGGUUGAGGCCACACGACGAGGGGGAGGAGUCCCGCCUGACCGUUAUGGGCCCUUCGGCGCCUGGAUGGGAACGUUGGCGGAUGGCAAGCACGAGAAGCUGCUGGUCCCGAAGCUUCUGCCUUCACUCGCAGGUGGUGAGAUCGUGAAGAAGCUGGAAGCUGGCAAGGCGAAGGUCCUGGACUUAGGCUGCGGGGAGGGUACCGCGCCAUGCUUGAUUGCGAAACACUUUCCCAACGCACAGGUUUUUGGGAUUGAUGCUUGGGCACCAUCCGUUGAAGCAGCCAGAAAGAAGGCCGCAGCGUCGAGCUUGCCCAACGCAACGUUUGUAUGUGGUGAUGCAGCAGAUUUUGGUGAUAAUGGCAAUUGGACGGGGCAGUUCGAUUUGGUCACGAGCUUCGAUGUCAUCCACGACUUGACAAAGCCCGAAGCAACCUUGCGUGAGUGUAAGCGGGUCCUGAAGGCCGACGGCUAUUUCGCUAUGGUUGAUAUCCGAGCUGAGACAGGAGUUGCCAAAAACAUUGCCCAUCCUAUGGCGCCCUUCCUGUACGCCAUAUCACUGAUGCAUUGCAUGCCCCAAGGGAUGAAUGAUGGUGGUCCUGGGCUGGGCAUGAUGUGGGGCCGUGAGAAAGCCCUCUCACUGCUAAAGGACGCAGGAUUUCUACCAGAGGUUAUUGAGAUGGAGUUUGACACGUUCAAUGACUGCUACCUGUGCCGGCCGAUGCCCAGCAAGUGUGCAAGUGCCGAUGCGGUGCGCUCGGCCCAAGAAGAGGCAUGGUCAGCGUCAAGUUGUGAGAUGGGCGAGCAUUCAAUAGUGCGCCAUGGCUAUGCCUUGCGGCCAGACGUGCGGGCACUAGUGGAGGCCUUGCUGGAGGAUGGCAUCCAGGGGGUCAAAAGACGGUGCACGCUCACAAUGGGCGUGCCUAUGCAGCCAAUGUUGGCAAAGGCCACCACUACCAUACUUGAGCUCUUGAAGCGAAUCCUGGGAUCAAUGCCGCAGAAGGUUGGUGGUCCGGCGAUGUUGUCUGCCGAGUUCAAGUGCCUGGGCGAAUGGUAUGAUGGGCAGCGUGCACAGAUCCACAUUCUUCCUGACAGCAGUGUCAAGAUCUUCUCGCGGAAGCUGGACGACAUGACAUACAAGUAUCCUGACGUUGUCAAAGCUAUCCUGCGAUCCUCCAGGGUGCAAAAGCCCUGCGUGUUGGAUGCCGAGAUCGUGGCCGUCGUGCCCAAGGAUAAAAAAGCAGAUGCAGCAAAUCAGGGAGAGGAGGGUGGCGCAGAGCCAGAAAGAAAGGAUGCCGGCAAAGUAGAAAUUGCAGCUUUCCAGUCGCUGUCCACCCGGAAGCGGAAGAACGUCACAGAAGCCAAUGCAGCGACUUCCUCCGUGGCAGUCAAAGUCUUCCUUUUCGAUCUCCUCUUCCUUGGCGAGGAGCCUUUGAUUUCUCAUCCCUUCCAGCAGCGACGAGCCAAAAUGCGCGAAAGCUUCGCGGAAGUGGAGGACAUGGUUGCAUAUGCCGAAGCAGAAGAUCUUGAGGGCGUGCCUGAAAGAGCUGAAGCGAUUUUGGAGGCCGCAUUGCGACGCUCAGUGGCAAUGUCAUGCGAAGGGUUGAUGGUCAAGCAUUUGGACUCGGCCUACGAGCCUUCCACGAAGAGAUCGGACUGCUGGCUAAAGCUGAAGAAGGACUACGUGGAGAGCAUGGGUGAUUCAUUAGAUUUGAUUCCAAUUGGUGGCUGGCGUGGCAGUGGCCGCAAGUCGCGCUGGGUGUCACCGUGGCUUCUGGCCACGUAUGACCCUGAGGAGGGCACGCUUGGCUCAGUUUGCCGAGUAAUGUCCGGAUUCAGUGACAAGUUCUACAAGGAGAACACCAUUCGAUACCUGGGCCGCGAGCUUGAAGUGCGUAAGGCUGCGGAGGAGCAGGAAGCAGCCGGAGGUCGGGAUUAA